CGACGUUGACAGGGUAUUCAGUUAUACUUAUAGUUGACAUAGUAAAUGAUAACCCGGUAAUCCAGCAAACGAUGUCGCAAGCGGAGUAUUUGCCAAUUCCAGAUUUCUUUUUUAAGAUGGAUUACAAGUUCGAGCUUUUCUGUUCGGCGUUGCUCGUUGAUUACACAACGUCUUAUGAUUGUAUGAGCGCAAUCAAACAAUACCCUUCUGACCAAUAUUACUAUGCGGUCUUUAAAACUAACGGUAGUUUUAAGGCAAAUCUACCAGAUGGUCCACAAAACGGGAUUCUUGUUCUGAGUUUUUAUAUUAUAGUCACCGACUCCAAUUUUAAUUCCUCUAGUCCGGGAAAUUUGGUUAUUCUAACUGCUGAUGCGGAAAAUUCAAAUAUCGAUAUACUCAAAAAUCACGAUUACAAUUAUUUGCAGUCGAUUUAUGGGAUAAAUCUUUAUGGUCUUAGUUAUUCAAUGUUUGGAUACACAAGAUCAAUUAAGGAAGUCAUCAAGAAAACUGCAUGGACAGAUUUCGGAAUCCCGCCAAAGCAUAGUAGAGAACCUUACAUUAUUACCGAUAUAACAACUUCACCGCUUUCUAAAUUUAUUGAUGUUGAUCCAACUGUAAAUGUAUAUGGUGUGGUCGCUGUGCGUCCUAAACAUUUUUUUGUUACGGUCGAGACCGAACAAAGGUCAAAAACAUUUAUAAGUUCGCUCGCUUUGCUUGGUGGCGCAUGGAGUCUUGCCGCUGGAGUAUAUACACUAUGCUUUGGGACUGACGCACAAAAACCCUGGGGUUGGGCACAAUCAUGGUGUUGCUUUUUCGCACCAAAGGCAAAAUCCCAUUUCCGCCAAACGUUUUCCGUGUUACCAUUAAUUGAUCGUACAUCUGAUCCGGAAAGCAA